AUGUUGCGUCUCCGGGGUCUAGCACUCCUUUGUCUCGUCCACUGGGUACUGGGCCGAGACUCACCACAAAAUGACACUCGGCCGGUGUCGAGCGAGCUCUUCAACUCCCUCGAGGAACUAUCCCGCCUCGUAGACAUCUCAUACUGCGUGGGUACGACCGGCGUGCAGAAGCCCUUCCAGUGCCUCAGCCACUGUGUAGAAUUCCCGAACCUGGAGCUAAUCGAGACAUGGAAUACGGGCAUACUCCUGUCCGACUCGUGCGGCUAUGUCGCGCUCUCGCACGCGCCAGGCCCAAAGCGUAUCGUGGUCGCCUUCCGCGGGACGUACUCGAUAACCAACACAAUCAUCGAUCUUUCCGCAUACCCACAGUCCUACGUCCCAUACACAGGCGACGAUGACGACACCAAACACAACAACAACGGCACAGAGUCUCUAUCCAAGCUGCGCUGCGAAAACUGCACCGUGCACGCCGGCUUCAUGAAGUCAUGGCUGAACACGCGGCCCACCGUACUACCACACGUCCUGAACGCCCUCGAGGCACACCCAGACUACGAAAUCAUGCUAGUCGGGCACUCGCUCGGCGGCGCAGUCGCCACAUUAGCCGGGCUGGAGAUGCGGCUGAAGGGCUGGGACCCCCUGGUAACAACGUUCGGGUCGCCGAUGGUAGGCAACGCCGAGUUUGCGACGUUCCUAGACGCAGCGUUCCUCAUCGGCAACUACAGCAGCCCCACAGAUGAACCCGAGGCGCAGCGCAUGCGGCGCAUCACGCACGUCGAUGACCCGGUUCCGCUGCUGCCACUGCGGGAAUGGGGGUAUGUCGCGCACGCGGCGGAGAUAUACAUUUCCAAGGCGCAGCUUCCGCCAGGCGUGGAAGACGUGCGAUUCUGCGAGGGCCACGCCGAUAAGCGGUGCAUUGCUGGCGCAGAGACGGCCCCGGCCACGACCCUGCUGGACAUGUUCCAGCACCUUGACAUUCCGCUGGAUAUCUUCAACAACGCGCCGGACUCGUGUCCGCCGUACACCGGCGCAGCUGAGCAGGCCUCAGUGCAGCACGUCGUCCGUGGGAAGCAGAGGGGCGCGGAUAGAGUUGAAUCUGCGAGAUGUGCCUCGCACUCGCAGGAUAGCACGGGCCCUUUAUACCCGCGACACUGGGACUGGUCGCUGAUCCCGGCACGGUAUAAGCUGUGGGAGCUUUUCUAUGCGCACCGGGAUUACUUUUGGCGGAUUGGGCUGUGUGUUCCUGGGGGAGAUCCUACCGGGUAG